AUGCCACGAGCUCCGUCACAACUAAACUGGUCAUUUGCCUUUACCAAAAGCAAAUGGGAACCGUCAUAUUGGAGACGACUACCAUUACCUAUAAGACCAUAUGCCAAGGCAAUACCUCUAUUCGCUCAUGGCAAGAAGGUGACUUUUGGAGACUUGAUCACUGAAAAGGGCAACAUAACAAAAACCAUCAAAUUCCCAAACAUUGCUACUCGAUACCUGUAUUCGCGAGUGCUAGACUUGAAUAUAUUCAUGCGGAUAUCCACAGAAGCACUCAGGAUGGUAGAUAAACGAGGUGGAUUCGAUGAGUAUGUCAUAUCGACAAAGGAUGAACUUAUUGGGGACGAGGUUGGACUCAUGUAUAAGAGACUCAUCACCAAACACUAUAAAGAAUCUCUAGGCAAGAUGAGGCAGCAGGAGGACUCUAUAUUGUUACAGUCAAAGAAUGAAGGACUGAAAGAGCAGUUAGAUAACGCUAGAUUGGUGUUGGAUACACGUAGUGCGCUGAAUCCGAAAAUCGCAAAGAUAAUCAGGAGGACACAGUCUAGCAGCACUCUACCACUAUGGCCACAGAUACCAGCAUAUGCUCUACAGGCUGCCAAAUCUGUAUUGGAACGCAACAGAUCUAAAAAGUAUUAG